ACAUCCAAAAAUACUAAUUAUAUUGUUUGGAUGGACUUAGAGAUGACUGGACUUGAGGUAGAUAAACACCAUAUACUAGAAAUUGCCUGCAUUGUAACAGAUAAAAAACUAAAAAUUGUUAGUGAGGAAUUGAAUAUUGUGAUACAUCAACCAGACACAAUAUUAGAAAAUAUGAAUGAAUGGUGUAAGGAAAAUCACACAAAGACAGGAUUAAUUGAGAACUCUCGCUCAAGUACAGUAUCAUUGGAAGAAGCUGAGAAGACAGUACUCGACCUUUUAAAAAAACACAUUCCCCAAGAUUCAUGUCCAUUAGCUGGAAAUUCAGUGUAUAUAGAUCGUUUAUUUCUGCACAAAUAUAUGCCAUUAGUUAACAAUUACUUGCACUACAGGAUUAUUGAUGUUAGUACAAUCAAGGAAAUUGCUAGAAGGUGGAAUCCAAAUGUAUAUAAUUCAGCGCCGAAAAAGAAACUAAACCAUAGGGCUCUGGAUGAUAUAAAAGAGAGCAUUAAUGAACUGAGAUAUUACAAAAACCACUUUUUUAAGAUGUCAUAAUUUAAUAAACAUAUUUAAUUUCUUA